CUUACACUGCAACCUAGCCAUCCACAAGCUCUUACUAACCUUGGGAACAUAUACAUGGAAUGGAACAUGAUGGGUGCUGCUGCCUCAUGUUAUAAGGCAACAUUGUCUGUGACAACAGGACUUUCUGCUCCUUUCAAAAAUUUAGCAAUUAUAUAUAAACAGCAGGGCAAUUACACAAAUGUUGUAUCUUGCUAUAAUGAAGUUCUCCGAAUUGAUCCUUUGGCGACUGAUGCACUUGUCAAUAGAGGGAAAACAUAUAAAGAGAUUGGGAGAGUUAAUGAAGCCAUUCAAGAUUAUAUUCGAGCCAUCAAUAUCCGACCUUCAAUGGCAGAAGCUCAUGCUAAUCUAGCUUCUACUUAUGAGGACAGUGGACAUGUUGAAGCUGCUAUAAAAAACUAUAAGCAAGCACUUUUUCUACGUCCUGAUUUUCCAAAAGCAACUUGUAACCUUUUACAUACAUUACAGUGUGUUUGUGACUGGGAUGAUCGUGAAAAUAAGUUUAUUGAAGUUGAAGGAAUUCUGAGAAGACAGAUAAAGAUGUCUCUUAUUCCUAGUGUGCAACCUUUUCAUGCAAUAGCCUAUCCAAUUGAUCCAAUGCUUGCACUAUAG